CCUGGGGUUUGCUAGAAGAAGCUCUGACGGCCCUCCUUCCCAGCUGCCUCCUCCUGCAAAUGCCGGGGCGCCUUGAGGAUUUCCCGCCAGUGCGAUGGCCGCAGGGGCCGGUCCCCCACCAGGGAGCCCCGAGGGGGGUUCUCGAGGGCUGGCGUCCCAUGGCGCCACGCCCCCCAGUCACGGCUGACGUCUGCAUUCCCCGAUGGGGAUGAGUGGCCCCUUCAAACAGGGAGUCGGAUUCCUCACUUCCCUUGGACUAUGACAUCGUACCGGCCUGUUCACGAGAGCGGCGACGUGGGGGGCCCCGGAUUGAAAGGCGGCGACUAUUACUCCCCGGGGUUCUGGGCCCAGAAUGGCUGUGCCGCACAGGCCGAGGCGCCCGUUUCCUCGCGGCCGGCAACGGCCACCCCGGCCAUGCCCAAAAUGGGCGUGCGGGCCAGGAUUGCCGACUGGCCCCAAAGAGAGAAGGGCUGAAGAUCCCACCGCUGCCGCCAGCAGCACUUCAAGAGACCUGGAGACGCCAACCACGGGCUCCCGGGGCUUCCAGAAUGGGGCCGCCUACCCCGGGACAUCCCGGGGCUUCCAGCGCUGGCCCGGCGGCGAUCGAAGGACGCGGAGUUCCCUGACGGCUGGCCGCGGUCCCCGGCCCGGGGCUUCCUGCCUCUCCGGAACCGGAGCAGCAGCGAAGUCACUAGUGAGUGUGACCCACAGGAGGCGUUUGAGCCCCGGGGGCGCGCCAAGCUGCCCAUUUUCCGCGAGUACGGGAGCACUUCCUCCAUCGACGUUCAGGGUGUCUCAGAGCAAAGCUUCUACGAAAUGCUCGAUGAGUUCCGCAGUGGGAAGGCGGCGCGGCGGAAGGAUCAGGCGGGGUCUUUCCGCGCGGCGCGGAGGAGCAGCGGCAGCAAAGCCGAGGCCCGGAGUGAGCAGCAGGCACUCUCCAUCCUGGGUGUGGACGAGUUCCCCCUGCAGCCCAAGGAGAAGUCCCGCAAGAAGGGACCCCGGGGCGAUGUGGGCGGCGGGGACUCCAUCUUCCGGAAGCUGCGGAGCGGCCGGGGGGACCCCGAAGGCGGCAAGGGCGGCCCUCCGGACCCCGAGGACGCAGGCGGGCGGCCCUGGCUGUGCCAGAAGAGAUUUGCGCACUACGACGUCCAGAGCAUGCUCUUCGACCUCAACGAGGUGGUAGCGCGGCGGGCCUACGUGGCGCAAAGGAGGAACACUGAGGGGGCCUCGGCCGCUUCAGCCGUCUCCUCCACCUCGCGGGCCUGCGGCCCCCCGGAGCUGGCGGCGGCCCCCUUCCUCGGCUCCGAGGACCCGAACUUCAAGGAGCACCUGGGGCACGACCCCGGGGACAGCCGCAGCAACGGGCUCCUGCUCAGCUGCCCGCACUUCCGCAACGAGGUGGGCGGGGAGCGCGAGCGCGACGUCAGCUUCUCGCGGGCCUCGCCCGCCUCCCUCGGCUCUCCUGGGGGGAGGCGGCAGGGGCAGGAGGGCGGCGUGGCGGAGGCGUCCCCCGCCCCGUGCUGCACCAACGCCAGCAUCUCCGUCCUGGAGGUGCCCAAGGAGCUGCAGCGCAACGUGGCGAGGCUGAAGCACUACAGCAUAGAGCACGUUGACCUGGGCGCCCGCUACUACCAGGAGCACUUCUGCGGCAAAGAGCAUGCCAACUACUUUGGAGUGGACGAGAAGCUGGGCCCGGUGGCCGUCAGCAUCCGGCGAGAGAAGCUGGAGGACCACCGAGAGCACGGGCCUCAGUACCAGUACAGGAUCAUCUUCCGAACCAGCGAGCUGACCACCCUCCGCGGCUCCAUCCUCGAGGAUGCCACGCCCACCUCCACCAAGCACGGCACUGUCCGCGGGCUCCCCCUCAAGGACGUGCUGGAGCACGUGGUCCCCGAGCUGAACAUCCACUGCCUCCGCCUCGCCUUGAGCGUCCCCAAAGUCACGGAGCAGCUGCGGAAGCUGGACGAGCAAGGGCUCUGCCGCAAACACAAGGUGGGCGUCCUGUACUGCAAAGCCGACCAGAGCUCCGAGGAGGAGAUGUACAACAACGAAGAGGCCGGGCCUGCCUUUGAGGAGUUCCUGGCGCUGCUGGGGGAGAAGGUGUGCCUCAGGGGCUUCGACAAGUAUGCCGCCCAGCUGGACACCAAAACCGACUCCACGGGCACCCACUCUCUCUACACCACCUACCAGGGCUACGAGAUCAUGUUCCACGUCUCCACAAUGCUUCCUUACACCCCCAACAAUAGGCAGCAGCUGCUCAGGAAGAGGCACAUUGGGAACGACAUUGUCACCAUCAUCUUCCAGGAGCCGGGGGCUCUGCCCUUUACCCCCCAGAACAUCCGGUCCCAUUUCCAGCAUGUCUUCAUCAUCGUCCGGGCCCAGAAUCCCUGCACAGAGAACGUUUGCUACAGCGUGGCGGUGACCCGCUCCAAAGACGUCCCUCCCUUUGGGCCGGCCAUCCCCAGCCGGGCCGCCUUCCACAAAUCCGACGUCUUCCGGGACUUCCUGCUGGCCAAGGUGAUCAACGCCGAGAACGCGGCCCACAAGUCGGACAAGUUCCACACGAUGGCCACGCGGACGCGGCAGGAGUACCUGAAGGACCUGGCGGAGAACUGCGUCACCAGCACGCCCAUCGACUCCACGGGGAAGUUCAACCUCAUCUCGCUGGCCUCCAAGAAGAAGGAGAAGACGAAAGCCCGGCCGGGGGCCGAGCAGCACAGCGACGGGGCCAUUGCGUGGCACGUGCAGGCGCAGGAUUACACCCAGGGGCUGGAGAUCGAGUGCAUCCUGGGCAUCUCCAACGAGUUUGUCGUCCUCUUGGACCUGGGCACCAAGGAGGUGGUCUUCAACUGCUUUUGCGCAGAUGUAAUCGGGUGGACUCCGGACACGUUCAGCAUCAAGAUCUUCUACGGCCGCGGGGACCACAUUUUCAUCCGGGCCCUGGAGGGAAACCCGGAGGACAUCAAGGAGAUUGUGCAGCGGCUGAAGGUCAUGACCUCCGGCUGCGAGACGGUGGAGAUGACGCUGCGGAGGAACGGUCUGGGGCAGCUGGGCUUCCACGUGAAGUUUGAUGGGACGGUGGCCGAGGUGGAGGACUACGGCUUUGCCUGGCAGGCAGGGCUGCGCCAGGGCAGCCGGCUGGUGGAGAUCUGCAAGGUGGCCGUGGUCACGCUCAGCCACGACCAGAUGAUCGACUGGCUGCGCACCUCCGUGACGGUGAAGGUGGUCAUCGUCCCUCCGCACGAGGACGGCGUCCCUCGCAGGGGCUGGGCCGAGUCCUUCAAGAUGAGCACCCUGGAGACCAAGGGGGAGCAGGAGAGCCUGCCGGUGGGCUACCGGCCCCCCUACCGCAGCAACUCCGCCUGGCAGUGGGGCAGCUCUGCCACCCAAUGCACCUCGCAGCCGAGCCACGGUCAGUCCCAGUCCUUGACCAGGACCCCGAAGCAGAGCGCCGUGGCCCCUUACCGAGAGCCCCAGCCCCUGCAUGGCAAGAGGCCAGUGAGCUUCCCGGAGACCCCCCAGGCGCUCUCUUCCUCCCAGCCUGGAGCAGAGAGGAUCCUGUCCUACCGGCAGCCCUCGGGCAGCUUCUCCAUGCCAGGCUCCUCGGGGGCAGCGGCAGGGGCGGCCUACGCCCGCUACAAGCCAUCUCCAGAAAGUUCCACACACAGGUAUGCAGCUCCGCAAACGCAGCGGCCCCUGAUGCCCAUCGACCCCCCCUAUGCCCACGAGGCAGCCUCCAACGGGGACUCCUGCUCCUCCUCCGGCGGGGUGGCCAGCCAGGAGAGCACCAUGGAGAGGCCCAAGCCUGAGCCUCUUUGGCACGUGCCGGCACAGCCCAGGGCAUCGGCACCGUCGGGCGGCAAGCGGCCGAGCAGGCAGGAGUUGGCGGGCAAGGACUCUCCCAACCGGCACUCCAAGGGCGAGGGCCAGUACUCCAGCAGCCACUCCAGCAGCAACACCCUCUCCAGCAACGCCUCCAGCAGCCACAGCGACGAGCGCUGGUUCGACACGCCCGACCCCGCCGAGGCCGACCCGGACCCCCUGGCCAAGGGGGGCUCCAGCGACAGCGGCAUCGACGCCACCAGCGCCAAGUCCUCCUCGCGCAGGGACAAGCCCGCCACCAAGGCCCCGCCUCCUCCCUUCGGCGGCGCCCUGCACGAGGCUGCGGGCAGCGGCAAGCGCAGGGACGCGUCUCCGGCCGUCGGUUCUGGCGGGCAGAGCUGGGGCUACCAUGGCCCCAAGGCCUUUGGGGUGGGCUCCGGAGGGGCUGCCCGGGGCGGCAGCGGGAACCACCACUUCAAGCAGCCAAGCCACAGCAGCGGCAGGGCCACGUACCCCGCCCAGGUGUACAAGGCACCCACGGCUGACGCCCCACGGGCCCCCCACAUGCCACAGUCCAGCUCCUUCCAGCUCUCGGCCUCCGUGCCCAAGUCCUUCUUCUCCAAGCAGAGCAGCAGGAGCAAGCUCCUCCCGGCCGGGUGGAAGAGGGGCGAGGAGACCCCCGCCAGGCCCACGGCCUUUGCAGACCCCAAGAAGCAAGUGGACCUGAACACCAAGAACGUCUUUGGGCAGCCGCGGCUGAGGGCCUCCCUGCGCGACCUGCGCUCCCCACGCAAGACCUACAAGUCCACCAUUGAGGACGACCUGAAGAAGCUGAUAAUCAUGGACGGCGGCUCCGCCGAGCAGGAAAGAGAUUUGUCCCCCCAGAAGACCCUGCAGAGGACGCUGUCGGACGAGAGCCUGUGCAGUGGCAGGCGGGACCCCAGCUAUGCCAGCGCCUACGGCUUCGAGCAGCCCCUGCCGGGGGACGUGCUCUUCACCAGCACCUUCAGCACCCUCCCCGUGCGGAAGCAGCACCCCAGCAACGGGGGCCUCUCGGAGAGGAAGGGCGCCAUUUCGGCCUCUGAGCUCUCCUUGACGGACGUGCGGGAGAAGCCUCUGCGGCGCAUUGACCCGGGUCUGAUGCCCCUUCCAGACACAGCCGCCGGCCUGGAGUGGUCCAGCUUGGUCAACGCAGCCAAGGCAUAUGAAGUGCAAAGAGCUGUCUCCCUCUUCUCCCUGCAUGACGCCACGCUGAGCCCGGACGUGCCCUCUGCCCACAGCCCCGUCCUGGGGCACCUGAGCCUGGAGAGGCAGCUGACGCCCCGCACGACACCCACCAUGAGCGAGGAGCCCUCUGCGGACCUGACAGGCAAAGUCUACCAGCUGGAGGCCAUGUUGAAGCAGCUCCACUGCGACCUCCAGAAAGAGAAGCAGGACAAGGUGGUCCUGCAGGCAGAGGUGGCCAACUUGCGCCACAACAACCAGCGCCUGCAGGAGGAGUCCCAGACGGCCAACGAGCAGCUGCGGAAGUUCGCCGAGAUCUUCUCCAGCGCGGUGGAGAAGAAGGAGCUGUGAGCAGCCGGAGAGGGGGGGCUGCUUGGAAGCGAGAGGUGGGGGGGGCCUGCCGGCGGUGGCUCCUCUGGUGCGGGACCCCAACAGCGCCCUGGCCAGCCUCUCCCCUUCUUCCUUAGGGAGCAGAGCCCCCUCUCCUCCCACUGCCCUCCUGAGUGCCCGCUUCCCAAACUGGCGCCAGGCGUGGUGCUCGGGGCCCAGGGCACCUCUUGCCACCGUCUACUCUCAGGUGCUUCCUUGGCCGUUUGCCAAGAGAACUGCGAUUAUGGGCACCUGGGCUCACCCACUCCGAGCAGGGAAGGGGGCCGCCUCUGCCCAUCCUGGCUCGCCACCAGGGGGGCGCCUUUGCGCUCGACGGACUCGGGGCGUUGGCGGAGGGGGGGGCCCCUCAAGCGAGACCACCGAGAAUCUCAAAAGAGCACUUUCUCACGACUAAAUUAUUUUCUAGAGAACGCAAGGAUGGGAGUGGCUCAGGAAGUUUAAAAAAAAGUU